UCGUACUCUGGUUGGCUCCGGCGGCGGUCAGUUUCAGACUCGGCGCUGGACCGUGAGCCACGCGAUCUCUCUGUUUCUCUUUCUCUCUCUCUCUCUCUCUCUCUCACUCUCUCGCUCUCUCGCGGCCGCAAGAUGUAAAGAUCGACGUCGAUCGCAUAGCGAGGUAGAAACCGUCGCCUCAACGAUGAUAGAAUGACACCGCGCGCCUCGGCUCGCUCCGUGUGCGUGGCCGAUCGAGAGGAGAUCGAGCGCGGAGAGUGUGCAAGCCGUAGGAUCGAGAGCGAGAGUGUGCGGAUCGAGAUCGCGGGUCCGCGAGUCCGCCGACGAGAAGCUUGAGGAAAGUGCGUCGGGGUAGCGCGGUUGUUGAAUAGAUCUGCUGCAUAUUUGCGAAGAUUCGCGAAAAGAGAAUACGAGAUUGGAGAUUAGGUAAAACGCGAGUGCGCCCUCCAAGCGUUGAAAUCUCCGCCGGGCGCGCGAUAUAGGAAAAAAACUCGCGAUACGGCUGUCAUGAUCUAUCACCAAUCGAGUCAUCAGGCGCCCACCAUGUCAUCUACCAGGAAGACAUCGCCCAGGCCGCAGCAUCGUAAUCUGCAAGCGUCUUCGGCGAAAUGCGCGAAGACGAGGCGGGCGAACGAGCGGGCGGUCAACGAGGAGAGAUGCAGGGGAAGAUGCAGGGUGCAGUGGAGCGAGAAACACGUGAAGGAGGGCCUGGUGCUCGUUCAAGAGACGCAACUCGCCAGGGUGGUCAAGACGGGGCCCAUCACGGAACACUACGAGAUCGAUCCAAAACCAUUCGCGAGCGGCCAAUGGGCGAGAGUCUAUCGCUGCAGGUCGCGAUCGACCGGCAUACUUUAUGCGGCCAAAUACUCAUCCAGGAGUCGAUUCAACGCCGACUGUAGCGCGGAGCUGAGACACGAGAUUGCUCUAUUGUCCCUGUGCUCGCAAUCGCCACGUGUCGUUAGGCUGCACGAUGUCUACGAGACGCCAAAGGAAAUCAUCUUAGUCAUGGAAUACGCGCCCGGAGGCGAUCUGCAGACGCUCAUCGACGGCGAUUUGGUGCCCCUCGAAGGUGACGUCGUACACUUUGUGCGGCAGCUAGUGGAAGGACUCGCCUACCUCCACGAGAGAAAUAUCGCCCAUUUGGACAUCAAGCCUCAAAAUCUGGUCAUGAUGGGUUCUUUCCCGGACUGCGACGUUAAGCUGUGCGACUUUGAAAUCUCAAGAGUGAUCCUCGAGGGUACGGAGGUUCGGGAGAUUCUUGGCACGCCGGAUUAUGUCGCGCCUGAAAUAUUGCAUUACGAGCCGAUCACGCUGGCAGCCGACAUGUGGUCUCUCGGUGUCACGACCUACGUGUUGCUGACGGGCUUCUCGCCCUUUGGCGGCGAGACCGAUCAAGAAACCUUUCAGAAUAUAUCUUUGGGAGAGGUGGAUUUUCCCGAGGAGCUAUUCGAGGAUGUCUCGGCGCAGGCGAAGGACUUCGUCGCGAAGCUCUUGGUGCUAGACCCAAGUGCACGAAUGACCGCGAAGCAAUGCCUGCGCCACGAUUGGCUACGCGGCGCCCCGACACAAGCGUCGCCGCAUCUGCGAAGGUACCUGUCGAAGUCACGAGAGGUUCUUCUGGAACGUGUGGUCAGCCGCGAGAACCUGAGGAGAGCCGCGCUAAUGAGCCAGGCGACCAGCCAGGCGAGUCUCUGCCAGGCGGAUGUUCAAAGUGAUCAUCAGAGCUAUCAGCAGCAUCGUCGACAAGGCUUACAAGAUUGCAUGCUCAGUCAAAGCGAGAUGUGUCUGAGCCAUUGUCUAACUGGAAGUCGCUCGAGUUUGGCGGGUAGCGAAGGAUUCACCAGCCCGGCGGAUUCUCAGGCCAGUCUGAAUUCCUCCAGAACCAGCCUGAGCUGCGCGAGCCAGAGCUGCCUGUUAAACCAGGAACAGACGCAAGGACUGUUGAAUAAGGCACAGAGUCGGUCCCAAGCUAAUUUGAAUCAAGGCCUCAGCCGCGGUAUACUCUCGAAGAUACGCAGCCUGAAUCGCGUUCAGUCUCAGGCAUGUCUGCUGAAUGGAAUGUCCGCUUCGGCAAUCAAUUGCGAGCGAGCUGGUGCCGUCACAAUGAAUCCUGUGAUCAGCAAGUCCCGGGAGAAACUAUAUGGUCUGAGAUCUCUAUCAAAGUCCCAAGGUGUCUUGGAUAUCUAUAGAAGUCUGGAGUGUCUGAAACGACGGAGGAAGAGCUACCAGCGCGCCAAGACCGACAUGUUGCCGAUUUUCAAGCAACUUGGCGCCGAGAUCGCGUCCUCCAGAUUCACAUCUCCGAUCGAUGACGAUCAUAUGAUGGUUGAUGUAAAAUCAUCAGACAUCGAUUUAACAUCCGAAAAAAUCGAGCGAGAGGUUGAUGAAAAUAUGCCAACGGUUUCAAUAACAGACGCGAAGAUGUCGAACGACUUCAGCGACGAUGAUCGAAGUAACUCCUACGUCGAAUCGAGUAAUGAUCCGCAGCGCGCGGCGAAGAACGCGGAACCGUCGCAGACUCCAAAGAAACUCACCUCGGGAUCGGAGGAGAACCUGGAUUCUCUCAAGUCCGUCGAGUCGGACACCCUGACAGAGGAUUCCGACGAAAUGCCGUUAUGCCGCAACGUGGCGUCCGACGACAGCGCGGACAAACGUCCCUGCGAACGGCAACAUUCCGAUGUGUCCAGUCGUUCCAAUAACUCGGCGGCGUCCGACGACAAGGAGGAUCGUUCGACAGAGUCGGAGAACGAGGAGCCGAAGUACACGGUCGCGCAGCUGGUCUCCGCCUUCAAUAAGCACCAGGAGGUUGCCUCGAAGACGAGUCUGAGAGCGAUCAUGUCCGAGAGACGAAUCAACGAGAUGACGUUCCCGACCGGCACGAAGGCGCUGCGUCUCUUCAUCCCCGAUAUUAACAUUACCGAGAGCAAGAUCGUCAGACGGAAGACAAGUUACAAGCCGCGAAAGAAUUGGGAGGAACUCAGGAAGCGCAACGAGAAGAACGAGGGUAUCUUGAAGAGUCUUGAUAAUGAUUCUGGCAACGAAGAUGAUGAUAAUGACGAGGACGAGACUCGGAACAAGGAGGAUCUCACGAAGGAUGAAAGGGUGAUGAGCGCUGAGAAAAAUGACAUCGAUAUUUCGCAGGGCUUAAUAAUUCCGGAAGAAGACAUAAACUUAUCCUUGGAUCGAUGGUCGCUCUUGCGACCUGAGAAUAGCAACGGACAGAGCAUUUUUGUUGACAAUACGAACACUCAAGUCAGCGUCGAUAUUACGAUAAAUGAAAAAUAUAAGCGAUGCGUGAAAGGUGCUAUGUCCAGUAAAACGAUGGAAACGAUCGUGGACAAAAAUGAGGAAAAGCAUCCAAAGCCACUGGAAGUACAGCCAAGAAUUGCUGUUCCGAUACACCAGAAAGAGAAGGAAAGAUUACCCAAUUACAUAUAUCCGGAUAUAACUGCUGCCAUCAAAGACGACAAUCGCGAGGCGUUUAAAAAGAAUGCUGUCGUGACCAAUGGAAAAUCUGGACUUAAAAUACCUAGGACGAAUAUCGAACAAACCAAACCGAGUUUCGGCACUGAAUCUACCAAUGUGAAUCUCAAGGAUAUCCUACAACGGGUAGACAGUUCUCAAAGUACUCCUAAAGAAAAUCUGGAAAAUUUGAGAAAGAGGACAUCAAUCGCGAAGAUUAUCUUGAACGACAAUCUCGUCCAUGAUAAUCAAGACGGUGGUGGUUGCAAAACGAACUCUCGCGCGAAAAGCGAACCGCCCUCGAAUGACGGUCACUCGGAAGAACGAGUGAAACUGAUGGUACCGCCAUCCUUCAUCCGAUCUUCCUCUUUGUCCAGCGACAGCAGCUGUCCUACGCCAUCCAGCGUGCAAUCUGACGUGAACGUGUCAUGGGAGGAUGUCCAAGUCACUGCGAGCUCCAAUCCAUCUCUGGAGAGGGAAGACGUCUGCAGGGUCGCGAAGAAGGGCGAUAUUCAGCGAACGUACAGUGAGGGAAGAAAUAAACAAUGUGCGGAGGAUCGUAAAGUCUGGGGUCGAAUUUGCACAGGCUCUUAUACUAGAGCCAUGGAAAGAUUUAGCGGUAAAAAUAUAGACGCUACAAAGAAGUCAUCGGCUUCAACAAUCCUCGCGCAACAGGCGGAGAAGACUAGGAGAAAGAGCAGCCCCGCGAUGCCGCAAUAUGUAUAAAAUUUUUAAGAAUCUUAAUCUCUAGACGAUUGCCUAGAGAUCUAAAGUGCAUACGUUGCGUUUCUCUCGAAUAAGAGAUUUGAGAUAUAAUAAUAUAAUAAAUAAAUAAUCUACUUAA